CGUAAUGACAGCCGUAUUUCUUUCAAGGAAUGAUGGAUGUCUACACAUUGCUGUGGAUAUAUUACUAUUGUUCUUUAUUAUUAUUUGAAAGUUAUGGACAUAUCUGAUGUUCAAUAAUGUGAAGAAUGUAAAAAAAACAUAUUCUGUUGUUCGGACUGCGACAGGGCAGCUAUAUAACUCCCUGAUUGUCUACCAUAGAUGCACUGUUCACUGAUACUCUCUGCUCUUCACCAUGCACUCGUUAUACUCUAUCCUUGCCAUUGUCUUCACGGUGUACAUGCAGCCGACAUCUGCUCAGGCCCUGUGCGACACUGUUGGCUGCCUCAAUGGUGCCUGCGUCCUGCCACCAACUGUAGUUGUCCCCACGUGCAACUGUACUGCCGGUUUCCAGUUGACCCUCACCGACCCGAAUGUUUGCAUCAAUAUUGACGAGUGUUAUUACUUCAAUUACCUCUGUGGGGUGAGUUAUGAGCCAUAUCUCCGCAGGUAUGUCUCGAGUGGGAGAUGUGUCGACAAGCCAGGCUCAUAUGAAUGUACGUGCAACCCCAACGUGGCCCUGCCAUCAUUCGACAACAAGACCUGUUUCCCACUGCCUUUUCAACAACCUCAACAACAGCAACAGCAACAACAACUACAGCAACAACAGUUCUAUCAACGUCUGAUAUCCACGCUCCUGCUCACCCAGUCUGAAUUAUAACAUGUAACAUCAUAAAAUGAUUACUGCAUGUAUCUUGAAGCUUCUAUAAUUAUAUAUUCUCGUGUAAAUUGAAUUUUUAAUAAAAUAUGUUUGUUGUGA